GUAACUCCAGUGUGUUAAACUCGGCCCCCUUUCCAAAACGCCAGCCAACCUGUUGAGUGUCACUCUGCUGGGAGGGUGUUGGCGCACUGUGUGGAGAAAAGUCUCUGCUCGUCAGUCUUAUAUCCGUCUGUGUGCGCGAUUUCCUCGAUUUUUUUCUUGCGCUCAUCCGGAUUCAACGCGUCACAGGUAAAACAGCCUGCAGAGCUUCAAGAUGUCAAAGAUCUGCGCUUUGGUGUUGAUGACAAUUGUGUCCCUGGUGUUUGCAGAGGAAAAGAGCUCGGAAGAUGACCCAUUUACCUUCGACUACCACAGACUACGUGUUGGAGGCCUGAUUCUAGCUGCCGUCCUUUGUCUCAUCGGCAUCACCAUUCUGCUCAGUGGCCACUGCAGGUGCAAGUUCAACCAGAACAAGAGCAGAAGGACAGGAAGCAGUGCUCAGCAGAUGCUCAGCGACCAAGGUCGUGCCAGCGAGUGCUAGGAGCCAACCAGAGCUUGGCAACACAAUGACUUCCUGGAUCCGCAACCAAUAGAUAUAACAUGGAGGGGCGGGAGCUGGCUUUGUGACAUCCAAUAAGUGGCUUUUGUUUUAUAGAGCAACAGGAGGUAGUCUGCUGAGUACCUGCAACCAGGUGUGAUGCCUUCUGCGUGAACACCUGGGCUACUGAUCUGCUGAAUGCUCCUGUACACACACACACACACACACACACACACACACAUACACAUACACACACACACACACACACACACACACACACACACACACACACACACACACACACACACACACACAUUUGUGCACAAACAAAGUUUUGCUAUCCAGUGUCCCUUAUAUACAAACUGUCACUUUCACUUCAGUUGAUUCACAUUUCCCCAAUACUGAGAUGUGGAAAACUCUUCAACAUGAAAAAUCUCUUAUCCAAAAUGUCAUUGGGAGUGAUUGCUUUAUUUUUGGAGUGUAGUUGCAUUGACCAAUUUCAUUGACUGAACUGAAAGUGCCCUGACUCCAAUCAUGAUGCAGACCUGUUACCAAAAAGUACCUAAUGUAAGUGUCCACAUAAUUUGUCUCAGUGUCUCUCACCUUUUCCAUUGUCUGUACUGUAUCUAUAAGAUAAACAUUGAUGUAGAUAAUAGUUGCUUACUGUGACCAUCCUAACCCACUGUCAGUGCUUUUAAUGUCAGAUAUAGCCAUACACUGCUACCAGAUGGCAUUAUGAUAAUUAACGAUAAACUGUUGAUUUGUACGUUUAGCUUUACAAAACAUAGUGGAUUGCACUGGUCAGAGAUACAGAACGAGUCUGUUAAGUUUCUAUAAAAGAACCAACUGUGGGAAC